AUGGCCUCUGGUCGAGGUGGAACUAAAAUUAAGGAGCUCGAAGAAUCAUCAGGUUGCAAAAUACAGGUUAUAAAGGGAAAUUAUGAAGCUGAAAUAAAGAUAUUUGGUGGAAAAGAUAAACAAACCAAAGCUAAAAUGCUAAUUGAUAAUCUUAUUGAAAAGUACAGUCAAACCAAUACAGGAGAAAGAGGUAAUAAAGGUAAGACUCUGAAAUGUGGUGUGCUCAGUAAUCCAAAACGAACAAUUAACUGGGCCUCCCUUCGGGAAAACAAGGCUAAAUAUGAAGCCAUGAAGUGGAUAGAUUUGCCUCCACUUGAAAAGUGUUUUUACAAAGAAGCCCCAAAUAUCACUCUUAUGUCACAAGAAGAGGUUGAUAAGUGGCGAAAAGAAAACAAUAGUAUUUCGUGUGAUGAUCUGAAAGAUGGUGAAAAACGUCGUAUUCCUAAUCCUGUUUGUAAGUUUGAAGAUGCUUUUAAACAUCAUCCUGACAUCAUGGCGAAUAUAAAAAAAGUUGGUUUUGAGAAGCCUACUCCAAUUCAGUCACAGGCUUGGCCAAUCAUACUUCAAGGAUUUGAUCUCAUUGGAAUAGCACAGACGGGUACCGGAAAGACACUGGCAUAUUUAAUGCCUGGAUUCAUUCAUUUGGAUUCACAACCGAUUUCUAGAGAAAAACGCAAUGGACCAGGGAUGCUGGUUCUCAUUCCAACUCGAGAACUGGCCCUUCAAGUUGAAGCAGAGUGCUUAAAAUAUUCCUAUAAAGGAAUUAAAAGCAUAUGUAUAUACGGUGGUGGAGACCGAAAAGGACAAAUUAAUACGGUUACCAAAGGCGUAGACAUUGUUAUUGCUACUCCUGGCAGAUUGCAUGACCUGCAAAUGAACAGUUUCAUAAAUCUGAAAAGCAUAACAUAUUUGGUAUUGGAUGAAGCAGACAGAAUGUUGGAUAUGGGUUUUGAGCCUCAAAUAAUGAAGAUUUUGUUAGAUGUACGUCCUGAUAGACAAACAGUUAUGACCAGUGCUACAUGGCCAGAUGGUGUCCGCCGCCUUGCAAAAUCGUACCUGAAAGAUCCAAUGAUUGUAUACGUUGGAACUCUAGAUUUAGCGGCAGUCAAUACCGUAGAGCAGAAGAUUAUUGUUAUUCCAGAAGAAGAAAAAAGAGAUUUCACACAUAAUUUCGUUGAUACUAUGAAGUCUGAUGAGAAGGCCAUCAUUUUUGUGGGAAAGAAACUUACGGCUGAUGACAUUUCAAGUGAUUUUGGACUUCGGGGAAUUCCUGUUCAAUCUUUACAUGGCAACAGAGAACAGUGUGAUCGUGAACAAGCUUUGGACGAUUUCAAAAAAGGCAAAGUUCGUGUAUUGAUAGCAACAGAUUUGGCUUCACGUGGACUUGAUGUACAUGAUAUUACGCAUGUCUUUAAUUUUGAUUUCCCUCGUAACAUUGAAGAAUAUGUUCAUAGAGUGGGCCGUACUGGACGAGCUGGACGCAAAGGAGAAGCUAUAACGCUUGUCACACGGAGUGACUGGCGAAUUGCAUCCGACUUGAUUGACAUUUUAAAAAGAGGAAACCAGGUGAUUCCUGAAGAACUCAUUUUGAUGGCUGAAAGAUAUAAGCAAUUCCGCUUGAAAAAGGACAUCGAAAAUGGUUUAGGAAGGUCACGGGGGCGACCACAGAAAGGUUUCCAGGCUACCUGGAAAUAG